GCAAGGAUCUUGCACGGGUUUUACAAAUGCAGUUUUUUUGUGUCAUAAAUACAAACUAUAUAUGCACCUUUUAUAGAUACUAGGAAAAUGUAAUAAAUUUUGUAAUGUUGCCUUCAAUACCACUGGCGACUCUGCAAUGGUUUUGGAAAGUUCCCAUGCAAAUUUCUAUUUUUGUCAGCUGACUGAAGAAAUUUAGGUUAUGUCUCUGGUGUUUAUUGUUUAUUUGAAUUUUUUAAAUUAGCUUUCUCUGGGUCAAAUAUGGAAACGAGCAUGGAUAUGGCUCAAAUUGAAUCGGACAUCCAAAAGAAGCUUGUGGGAUUUUGCAAGUUGCUUCCUUUACAUCUGAAUUGUUGGAAGGCAACUCUAGCAGAACUGCAAGACCCCGUUCGGGUUUUGAUCAACUUUUGCGAGCAAUUGCGUUUUGUUGAAGAGGCUUCUAUCGAUUACAUUGACAAUUUCAUCUCUAUGCAGAAAGCCCUACAACUCAAGAUUCUAGGCUGCAUCGAGGAGGAGUUACUCACAAUUAAAACCCACUUUGAAAAACUUACUAGAUUCAAUAGUGACUUGAAAAACCGACUGGCAGUUCUAGAACGAGCUACUGUGGAUCUAGACUGGGAUGCAGACUCUUCAGUCGUAAAGGGCAGCCCUACUCAACCUCGCCUAGACUAUUUGCUCCAAAUGGGCUAUGAAUUUUGGCUAUUUUUUUCGGAAGCCUCUAAAAAUAUGAGCUCCAUACUCAAAGCUCCUGAUAUCAGAGAUGGGAAGUUUAGCGAACGCCUUAAGCAGGCAUUUUCAUUAGAUUUGCAGCCAUUGGAAGAAAACAACAGGAUUUAUUUGCUGUUAGCGUUGACUCAAUAUGUUAGUGGUGAUAAAAAUGUGGCUUAAACACUU